GAUGAGGCGGGCGGCGCUGCGGCUUUAUACCUUAAACAAGGUACUGCUUACUCCUGGCAGAGGACUGGCUCAAGGAUCCCAGGAUCCCAAGAAUCAAGGACCUCUCCACAUUCAUGAAGGCAAGGAAGGUUCGAGUUAAGUUGCGGGAGAUAGUAGGAGCAUCCACAAACUGGAGAGACCAUGUGAAAGCAAUGGAGGAAAGAAAAUUACUUCAUAGUUUUUUGGCUAAGUCACAGAAAGCACUGCCACCUAGGAGAAUGAAAGACAGUUAUACUGAAGUUCUCUUGCCUUUGGGCAGUCAGCCUGAAUUACGAGAGAAAUAUUUGACCGUUCAAAACACCGUAAGAUUUGGCAGGAUUCUUGAGGAUCUUGACAGCUUAGGAGUUCUUAUUUGCUACAAGCACAGCAAAAUUCAAGCAACUCAGGCAUCUCCUUUAUCCAUAGUUACAGCCCUGGUGGACAAGAUUGAUAUGUGUAAGAAGAGCAUAAGCCCAGAACAGGACAUUAAGUUCAGUGGCCAUGUUAGCUGGGUUGGGAAGACAUCCAUGGAAGUGAAGAUGCAGAUGCGCCAGUUACAUGGCGAUGAAUAUAGUCCUGUUUUGGAUGCAACGUUUGUAAUGGUGGCUCGUGAUUCUGAAAAUAAAGGGCCAGCAUUUGUAAAUCCACUCCUCACUGAAAGCCCAGAGGAAGAAGAGCUUUUUGCACAAGGAGAAUUGAACAAGGGGAGAAGGAUUGCGUUCAGCUCCACGUCGUUACUGAAAGUGGCUCCCAGUGCUGAAGAGAGGACCACCAUACACGAGAUGUUUCUUAACACACUGGAUUCAAAGACUAUAAGUUUUCGAAGUCGAGUUUUGCCACCUAAUGCAGUGUGGAUGGAGGAUUCAAAACUGAAGAGCUUGCUAGUUUGCCAUCCUCAGGAGCGGAACAUUUUCAAUCGGAUCUUUGGUGGUUUCCUUAUGAGGAAAGCAUAUGAACUUGCAUGGGCUACUGCUUGUAGCUUCGGUGGUUCCCGACCGUUUGUUGUAGCAGUGGAUGAUAUCAUGUUUCAGAAACCUGUGGAGGUUGGAUCACUGCUGUUUCUUUCUUCACAGGUUUGCUUUACUCAGGACAAUUACAUUCAAGUCAGAGUACACAGUGAAGUGGCCUCUCUUCAGAGUAAAGAGCAUACGACCACCAAUGUCUUUCAUUUCACGUUCAUGUCAGAAAAAGAGGUUCCUUUGGUUUUUCCUAAAACAUACGGAGAGUCCAUGUUGUAUUUAGAUGGGAAGCGGCAUUUCAACUCCAUGGGUGCCCCGGUGAACUUGAUGGGAAAAAACUACCGUGUGGAACCCUAGGAAAAGUCUCACUUGUUGAAAACCAGCAACCUUCAGUAACAAGUGUUUAAUGAAGGCCUGAUCAAGUGUUUUGGCUUUACUGUUAUUCUCCUGCUCCAUAGAGAAGAAGAGUGUAUUUAGUUUUUAGAAUGAUCAGAAAAGCAGAAUGAGGGAGUGGCUGGGUGGGGUAGAAGAGAGAAAAGAGUUAUUAAACAAUAAAUACCUUCAAAACAAUUUAGUUGUGAACCUGUCAGCUUGACUCCUAUCUGCCAAAGAAAUUAGGGCACAGUACCUUUUUACACAAUUGGGCACAUUCUUUUCUUACACAUAUAUUGAUUACAACUACCAAUGUAGGAGGUUUACUGCCAAGGCUUUGGCAUUCUUUAAAAACCUUAUCUUUGCUGCAAUUCCCUUAUGUUGUCUACAAUCCCAGCAACUCUACGUGAUUCUUUUGUGUUUUGCCUCUGUAUUUCCCAGCUUUUGUUGUUAGCAGAGGGUAGAUGAAAACCUGGGGUAAAGGGAUUCAGCAGAAGAUGCUGCAUUUGUAAAGAUUUGUGGGAAACUUUAGAUCUAAAGUCAUACCACUAGGAAGUGCUUAGAGAUGAUCUAGAAGAGGAAACAAAGGACCAUUUGUUCUGUGUUCAUUCACCUCUGCUAGGGGUUGGGCAGGAUAUAUCUGAUUAAAAAGCAAAAAAUAAUAAUAAUAGCUGCUUAUACUUACAUAGUAUUUACCAUGUGCUAGGUACUGUUCUAAGCACCUUACAUAGAUUAGGUCAUUUAUGUCUUCCAGCAAUGCUACCAAGUAGGUUCUAUCGCUUCCUAAUAGGGUUAGGCCACUCAGGAAACUGAAGCACAGAGAAAUUAAGUGACUGCCUCAGGGUCCCACAACUAGACGAUGGUGGUGCUGGGAUUCAGAAUCAGGCAGUGUGGGUCCAGUGUACUCUUAACCAGUACACUAUACUGCUUUCAAGGAGUAUAGCAAGGGAGAUCAUACCCAAUAUAACAGUGUAAUCUAGGAACACAAAAGGAGGUAUUUCCAUUGAUAAGCAGUCAAAAUAGAGUUUCCUCCUUGAUGGGAAGUAUAUCAAGUUCAGAAGAGACAGAAAAUAGGCUACAUAGAAGAAAAAAGUAAUCUCUGGAAAGGUGCUCCCAGGAGCAAUUUUUACUUUGGGUUCUAGAUCAGUGGCCACAAACUUGGCUCUGCAUCAGAAUUAGCUAGAACACUUUUAAAAAACAAUUCAUUUCAGUUUAUGUAAUAUUUAUGCACAAUGGCAUAGUCUUGAGAACAAACACAACUAUCUCUUUUUGUUGUGCCGUCAAGUGGAUUCUGACUCAUAGUGACCCUGUAUGACAGAGUAGAACUGUCCCAUAUGGUUUCCUAGGCUGUCAUCUUUUAUUUUUACUAAAUUUUAUUUAUUUGGUGGUUGUUGUUGAGAACACAACUGUCUCUUGGAGGCAUGCAAUUUGACUCAUGGAGUCAAGGUUCUCUCCGUGCUGUGUUACCAUCCUGCUUGGAGCUGGCAAAGCUAGAUGGUUAAAAGGAAGGGAUGGGCCCUGGGGAGUUUUUUGUGUGUUAAGUGGAGUUCAGUUAAGAGACCUUCUAUUGCACGCUAGUGUAUAGAUUAUACAUUAUAUAUUUAACCAUUCAUUGCUGUACACUGAAGCUUUUUCUAGGGUUUUUGUUUUUGUUUUGCUGUUAUUAACAGUGUUGCAGUAAAUAUCCUAAAUAGCUAAAACAUUUGACCCCUAAAUUAUUUCCUUAGGAAAAAUGUAGAGAACUGAGGUGUCUAGGUCAAAUGCUGUGCAUAUGUUGAAGACUUUUAAUAUGUUAUUUCAAGUAACCCCCCAGAAGGGUUGUACACAUUCACUUGUGCAUCAGAAAUUUCCCUGAACUUUGUCAAAUUUUAUCCUUUUCUUUUUUAAACAUCUUUGCCAUUUCAGUAGGUGAAAAAUGACAUGUGUGUUAAUUGUUUUCUUUGAAUUCUAUUGAGAUUAAACUUUAAAAAAUGUUGUCUUUUUAGUUAAAUUGCUUGUUCAAAUAAUUUUGGAUAUUAGAAUGUUAACCCCAAAUCUGUCAUUACUACCAAUACAAGUAUUUAUGUUAUAAGAACUAGAGGUUUUUAUUUUUAAUAUAGGACUUUAGAAAAUGACAUAUAGCAAACUAUGAAGGAUAGACAGUAGGUUCUAAAGGAACAGAUGAGAACUUUUAUCCAGUACCAGAACUGCCAAGAGUAGUGUCAGGGUCUAGCAUGGAUCCUCUUUUUUUUUUCUUUUAUUAUAAUUUAUUUUAUUUUUGGUUGUUAUUGAGAAUAUACACAGCAGAAC